AUGCGUCACCCACAGCUUACCCAUACCUUUGUAACCGCUGCUGCCUGCCCCGCGGACUGCGCAACCGCCGCAGCCGCUCCAGCCACCGGCGCCUCCGAGCCCGGGGGGACCGCCGAGGACGGCGCGGGCCCCUCCACACAUGGGCUUCCCCAGGGGAAGCCUGAGCAGCAGCAGCAGCAGCAGCAGCAGCAGCAGCAGCAGCAGCAGCAGCAGCAGCAGCAGCAGCAGCAGCAGCAGCAGCAGCAGCAGGAUGAGCAGCGUGUGGCCGCCCUGGAGGAGCGAGUGGCCUUCCUCGAGAUGGAGCUGCUGAAGCAGGCCCUCAGCACAGAGGACGCGGCUCUGAUCGGCGCGGCUGAUUCAGCCGCGGACCUGCUGCCGCCGCCGACGCCGCUUUGGCCGGGCGUCGGCAGCGCGUGGGACCUGGCUCCGCUGCAGCAGUCGGGGCAGUACACGAAGGAGCAGCAGCUUGCCCACGCGUGGGCGCACGGCAACGCUGACGCUCUUAUGCGCAGGAGCGGCGGCAGCUCGCCUGGCCUGGGGGCGCACGCGCAGCCCCGGCAGCAGCAGCAGCUGCGGUCGCGGCCGCGGGCUUGUGCGGGGGUGGUCGCAGAAGCGGAGGACGGGGCCGAACCGUACGAUGGAGCCGGCCUGGCCCUCGGGGCGACCGUUAUCGCGGUGUACGCGGGGGCGCUGGCGACGCUGCUGGCGCUGGUGGCCUGCAACCCAGACCCAGCGCUG